AACCAACAUGCCAUUCAAAUUAUGCCCCAUUUCCAUCUCUCUCUCUCUCUCUCUUUCGCAUUGAAUAUCCGCUCCUAUUUGAUAAGCAGCACUGAAUAAUUUUGAUUAGAUUCUGAGGAUUUUGAAAUGGAUAACACAAAUUCGAAAGUUAACACUAAUAAUACUUGCGAACAAGAAGAUCUUACACUCAACCCGAGAACGGAGAUUAAUGAUAACAUCGGUAAUACUUCGUCAAACGACGUCUUAGUCAAUAGUAAUGACGAUGCUGAGAACAAACGGCGUCAGAGAACUCCGUUUACGAACCUCAGUCAGGUCGAUGCCGAUCUUGCCCUUGCCCGCACCCUCCAAGAACAGGAAAGGGCAUACAUGAUGCUGAGAAUGCAUGGUGGCAGUGAUUAUGGAAGUUGGGAAGCUGGGAGUUAUGGUCAUGAUGAACACGACAAUGACGAUGAUGAUGAUGAGGAGGAUGAGGAUGAGGAUGAGGAUGACGAUGCUGACAACUUUGAUGAUGCCAGUGAAGAGGAUUAUGAUGGUACCGAUCUGGAGAUAGAUGAUAAUGCAGAAGAUGCAUUUGAUGUGCAUGCUCAUGCUGAAGGAGGUGAGGAUGAGAACCAAGCUGUUUCGGCCUUUUCAAGUGACGAGGCCUAUGCUAGGGCCUUACAAGAUGCUGAAGAAAGGGAAAUGGCAGCUAGGUUGUCAGCUCUAGCUGGAAUUAAUGAAAUGAUUGUUGGGGAAGAUGAGGAUGAAGAGGAGGAUCAUGGUGAUAAUUCUCAGGAGGCAUGGGAGGAGGUUGAUCCAGAUGAACUAUCAUAUGAGGAAUUGCUUGCCCUGGGUGAAGUUGUCGGAACAGAGAGCAGGGGUCUUACUGCUGAUACAAUUGCUUCUCUGCCUUCAGUUAAUUAUAAAUCACAAAGCAUUCAGGACGGAAGCAGUGAUUCCUGUAUUAUAUGUAGGUUGGAUUAUGAGGAUGGUGACACCUUGACUCUGCUUUCCUGCAAACAUUCUUACCAUCCUGAAUGCAUAAAUAAUUGGUUAAGAAUAAACAAGGUUUGUCCAGUAUGCAGUGCUGAAGUCGUCUCUCCUUCGGAAAACAGCUAGCAGAUUUCACGGCUGGCCUAUUAAGAAGCUGCAGAUAAAUCUGCUUGAGAUGGGCAGAUAAUGGGUUGCAUCUAAUAUUUGAUGGCAUGAAAGACUGUAUUAUCAGAAAUUUUUUUUACUACCUAAAUAUUGUUGUCCACAUUGUAUUUUAAUUUUCUUCUAUAUAUCUAUUCUUAUUUCUAUACA